AGUUUAGACAAAUCGCUUAAACCGAUCGUUUCGCAAUCACAUUAUUUAUUUAGAAAGUUGAGAUGUUUUCAAAAGUUCUGGAUAAAUUGACUGCUCGCACACUUGCCAUUGCAUUCGGCCUAACAACAACUGUUCUGAUUGUUGUUUUAGUCAUGGUAGCGGUUGAUGAUAGCAAUACAACCGUGCAGCUGAAGGAGUGCGAACAAAAGUUGGAAGUUUUACAAUGGUUUAUACAAUCCUUAAGCAAGGCUACAACUACCAUGACACCAACAGUAACAACGGCUUCAACUACACUUAGUUAAUGAUACGAAAUUCGACAGACACAUUAAUGUGUAAUAAUUGUCCAAAAGUGUUUAAUGAACCUGAAAUUACUUAGCCA